AUGACCGCACUCGCAACAGGUACUGGGGGAGUAGGAUCUUGUUUUAUUUCUCAACUGACUUGGCUAUCCAAGAACUUGCCCUCUACUCGACUGAGCCUUUGCUAUAUUUCCAUGAUCGACAAAGCCCUCUACCGCCCCGAUUACGCGGAAAUCGACUUUGAUACAGCUCUAUUCACGUUGGAAGCAACAGGGGUCGAACCUCCGCCGAUUUCCACGAUUGUCGAAUAUCUAGCGGCAGCCCCUCACAAUGUCAUUCUCGUUGACAAUACUAGCGCCAUAAGUCUAGCGGAAGCGUACCCGGCAUUCUUGCGUCGAGGAAUCAGCAUCAUAACCCCAAACAAGAAAGCGUUCUCGGGAAGCUACCAGCUCUGGCAAGAAAUAUUUAGCUCCGCCACAUCAGGAGGCUCGUAUUUUUACCAUGAAUCUUCCGUUGGAGCUGGUUUGCCCAUAAUCUCGACCCUGAAAGACCUCGUCCAGACCGGAGACGAGAUUACGCGUAUCGAGGGAGUAUUCAGUGGCACCAUGUCUCAUCUCUUUAACAAAUUUGCUCCGACGUCGGGUUCAGGAGGCAAAUGGUCCAACAUUGUCAGAGAGGCAAAAGAGCUUGGCUUUACCGAGCCAGAUCCACGCGAUGAUCUUAACGGUCUGGAUGUUGCGAGAAAAUUGACGAUCUUGGGACGUUUGGCUGGGCUUCCCAUCGAGUCCCCGGCUUCCUUCCCCGUGGAAUCCUUGAUUCCUGCGGCCCUUGAAAACGUAGCAAAUGCCGAUGAAUUUCUCCGCAGCCUGUCUAAGUACGAUAAUGAAAUGGAGGAGAAAAAGCUAGCCGCGGAAAGAUCUGGGAAGGUUGUUCGGUUUGUCGGCAGUGUUGAUAUGCUCGGCAAGAAAGCUAAGGUGGGAUUGGAGUGGGUUGACCAGACAAAUCCCAUUGCAAACCUCAAAGGAAGUGACAAUAUUAUCAGCUUCUACACGAAGCGAUAUGGGGAUAUGCCUCUCUCCAUUCGAGGAGCCGGUGCCGGUGGCCCCGUUACAGCUAUGGGGGUGACCGGGGACCUGCUCAAGGUUCUCUGUCAAUUGAGAUAA